UUCAUCGAAAAUAGUCGUCAUCAAAAUAGUUGAUUUCCAAUUCGCCAAUGACACCCAACCCUACCGUGCCACAUACUUUGAACGUACCAAACUUUGACGUCUGUCGUAUUUUUUGUUUAAGUGUACGAUGUGGUCAACUGCCGUGAGUACAAUCGUAGAGUUUUCGGCGUUUUUACCAACAAAAUAAAUUAAACUCCCGGAAAAAAGACGACCCAAGUAACUUGACUCUUGCGCCAAUUGGCAGCAACGAAAAAAUCAGCAUCGCAAGCACGUAGCAAUGGCUUCCUAGUCUUGGCCUGCUGGGAGUUUUUCUAGCUGCCAAACUGGCCACAAUCCGGCCGCAGCGAUCGAAGCUCACUUGCACGCCGACAUGGAUGCGAAAUUCUGGCGAUUUCUGGCGCUUGUUUGCUUUGUUCAGGCAACUUUGGCCAUUUGUCCGACAAAAUGCACUUGCAAGAAUGUGAACGAGAACGGGAACACGCUGAGAGUGAAAUGUGGCGGGACGGUCCAUAAUAAGAUAACUAGCGUUAAGGAACUGGACUUUGGAGAGGAUAGUGAUAAGGUUUUGCAGUUAGAUUUAAGCAAAAAUCAAAUUUCACAUAUCGAGAGCACGGAUUUUCUAAAUUUCACAAAUCUGAAACGCUUGGAUUUGUCGUUCAAUUCCCUGCAGCAAAUAGAUGAGUCGAUGUUCGGCGAAAUAUCGACCCUCGAGCGGCUGAAAUUGUCCACGAAUAUUAUCGUGCACAUCUUCCAGGGCUCGUUUGAGAUGCUGCGCUCGUUGAAACAGCUGGAUAUAUCCGGAAAUCCAUUAGCUUGCGACUGCGACUUGCUGUGGUUAGUCGGCUGGUCAAAUAAUAUGUCAGUGAAACUGCAACCACCGCCGAAAUGCGAGUCGCCAAGCGAUUUCAAGGGAUCUGUGCUGAAGAAGCUGAAAGUGGGAUCAGAUCUGCACUGUGAGUCACCCCUUCAGCCACUCCUGGAGCUGCAUCCUGACAAGGAUCAGCUCGUGUUUGAAGGCGAUGAACUGGUGCUACGUUGCCGAGCGCCCCGAGUAGCCGUUGGAGCGCCUCGUGACUCCGAAGACUUACCCGCAAAAGCGCACGUAUUCUGGGGCUGGUCCGACAAAAUCGUCGAUCAAAACACCUCCGACGACAUCUAUUUCCUCGACCCGUCCGUGCACUUUCCAUCAAUACAAAUUGACGCCAAACAUCUUUCCGAUAGUGGCCUGUUGGACUCGAUUCUCCACAUUCCAUACGUGACGCGCAAUCAUAGCGGAAUGUGGGACUGUCGACUUCGCUCGCACCAGGCGAAUCUGUCACGAACUGUUUCCGUGUUUGUGAUAUCGGACAAGACUAAGUACUGCGAAGGCGCCGAAGUGCGAAACAACAAGGGACGAUAUUACUGGCCGCGGACUAUUCGUGGGAUGGAAGUGAAACUGCCAUGCGUUGGAGAAGCUGCAACUCAUCUGUUUGCGAUGAAUUUCUGCAACUUAGAAGGCGAGUGGGAGCAUUUGAAUACGGAAAUGUGUCCGUAUAUAAGCGAGACGACACGCAUCCUGGAGCAAUUCGCCAAGGUAAAUUUGUCUAUUGCACGGGGGAGUGUCCUAGAAAGUGCCAAACGAUUGAGGAACUACACGCAAUCGCAAGAGAAUCUGUUAAGACUGCGCGAUCCGACAGACUUUGUAUUCGUUGCCAAAACGUUGAAUAAUUACUUAGAUUUCUUAAGACAAGAGAAGGAUUUAGGAUCAAUGCUUUUAGACAUAGUUUCUCAAUUACUCUAUUUACCUCACAUCUUGUCAUAUCGUGCAGAAAUUUCCAAUAGUUCGGCGACGGAUGUGGCUCAGGCAGUUGAGAAGGCGGCGCUACAUACGCAGGCCUCGUUAACACACAAAAACAAUCUUGCUAUCGAAUAUUUCAACGUCCGACCAGAUACCUUCACGGGAAUCACUUGCACGUGGUAUCGUUCGGAACAGGACAGGGAAAAAAGAACUUUUCAGUGCAAUACUGCGAGCCAUACAAUGGAAAUGUUCCGGCAGCAUGUCGACGCUUCCAUUCAGGUACCAUCCAGCUUUCUAGAGUUACCUGCGUCUCAGAAUCUGAUGGUUGCUGUCUAUCAGAACUCGAACCUGUUUCCGUACUUGAAGAACGGCACAAAUUUCAAGGUAACUUCGGCAGUGAUUGGUGUGAAAUUAUUCAGUGACACUACGCCUCCUGGUCACCGGAAUCUAAGUGAACCCAUCUCAGUGAUGCUGCGAGUGCAGCCUUUUCACAACGAAAUAAGUGCCCCGGUACCCGUUCGUUGGGACGCUGAUCUCAACGAAUGGACCUCUGAUGGCUGCCAAUUUCUAUACUAUUUUCACACUUUGCUGGUGUUCAGUUGCUCGGAAUUAGGAUACUAUGGCCUUUUGCAGAAUAAAAAAUAUUUGAAUGACUUUCUCGACGAAAAUGCCGGGGCUCAGUUCAGAGUAUCUCCCAUUGGGUUUUAUAUAGGCGGCUUAGUGUUAUUUCUUUGCUCUUGGAUAAACAUUGUUACCUACAUCUCCUCAGGCGGCCUCAUUCAAAUGGGCAGACGCCAAAAACAUUCGCUUGUCAAUUCAUGGGUGGCUUUGUCCUUGCUCUGUUUGUUAUUUACCGUUGGAAUAUUUCAAACAGAGGAUCAUCGUGUCUGCCAAAUCUUCGGGAUUUCAAUUCACUACUUCAGCCUUUGUGUGGUUCUCUGGGUUUGCGUGAGUGUAAGCAAUAUGUAUAAAAGACUGUCGAAAAGGAAUCGUGUUCCGAUGGACGAUUUGCCUAAGGAAAAUGUCGGAAGGAAGCCAAUUUUAGGGCUUUACUUGGUGGGAUACGGAAUCGGCUUAAUUAUUUGUGGAAUUAGCGGAGCAGUGAAUAUCCGCGAAUAUGCGUCGUAUUCGUAUUGCUUUCUUCGUUCGGGGCCCGCGCUGAGUGCAAUGUUUGUGCCAGCGACGAUCCUGCUAUUAUUUCUGGCAAUUCUCUUCGUUUGUGUCCGUUGCCAUAUUCGAAUGUCGAACGAACAUAACGGGCAUUUGUCGGAAGGCACCCAGGGCACGGAAAACGUUGAUUUAGAGCUGCUGGAAACAUCGCCGAAUGGCCACAUGAACCACUCAGACCGGUAUAGAAGCCUGACUUUGAGUUCACCGACGACAAGUCUCCAGGAUGAUCUAGAGCACACCAAUGGGGCUCAGCUUAGAGCACACUUUAUAUUUCUGUUUCUGUACACUAUAGCCUGGUUGUCUGCCGCGGCCAGUAUUAGCACUCCAUUCCAGCGAACGAUUCUAUAUGAAGAAGAGCUAUUCAGUGCACUUUUCGCAAUCGCCUCGUGCCUUCUGGGCGUGUUUAUACUCUUCUUUUAUGGAGUUUCUCGCAGCGAUGUGCGGCGUCACUGGAGCUCGUUAAGCUGUCGAAAUGUUUGUUCGCACAGUUGCUGUCGAACUCGGGCAGUAAUCGAUUUGAAAGAACAAAAUACAGUCACAUACCAUCAAACGUGCAGCACAAUGAAUUCUACCUCACGUUCGAACAGUCAGUGUUCAAAAAACCGGCCGCCGAGUGCAUCAAACCAGCUUAAAAUGCACUCGGAAUUAAACUCGGCCGCAACUCUUCCUCGGAACGAUAGUCCAAGCAAACUGAUGACCUCUCCAGCCAAUGUAAUGCUGAUAAAUCGACAACAAUUUGUCCACAAUCCUGUGAUGGUGUCGCAAGAUAUCCCAAAUGCUGACAUGUUCUACAACCCAAACCAAAUAAACGUUGCCAGGAAGUUCUUCAAAAAACAGAAGCGCUUAGCCAAGCGAAGUAAUUUCGACUUGCAACGACAAAUCGAGCGAGGCGAUUUCGGAGACGGUGGUGCAAGUGAUAUUUCAUCAUCAGUUGCCUCGUCGUACCCAAAAGCUACACGCGGCAUGUCGAUUUUCAGCUCCGGUAGCAAAGUGAAUAAUACAAAUAUUCACAUAAAAAAUUUGGCUGCGGAAAUUGGCCAGUUUUCGAAAGAUUCGCGUCAGCAAAGCAUGAACCCAAACAUUCUUUCGGAUAGUUGCAAUGAAAGUGAUCUAAUAGUCGAUGCGGAGCGUCUAGUACUGGGCGCCGCCGAAGGGCUUCGGGCUUUGAACACUCGAAGUAAACUGAAUAAUACCAGUGAAAUGGUGGCCAACAUAUAUACAAAUGUACCAGAAACCUCACAGCCGCAGCACGAGAUUGUAACAAUGCGCGCUGACGACAAAUUUCGGAAAUCAGCUAAUGUCAAUGAUCUGCUCGAACAGGACGAGUUGGACAUGGAAAGGAACGAUUUGAAUAGUCGCGAUAGCGACCGGACAAGUACGCCACUGUAUGUGAAUACCAACAUCCGAAAUAUCAUGGACGAAACUUUAACACCCGAACAUGAUUUAGACGAAUCUCAGGUUUGUUCGGAAGACAUGAUAUCGGAUAUGUGUAACAGUCAUAAUAUUUCCGAACAGCCGAACGCAGCUAUGAACACAGUGGGUCUGCCAAUAGGUUCGGCAUCGGCAAUGAAUACAAGCAAUGACGAGAACAUGCUGGAAUUGGAUAGAAACGAGGCUUACAUAUCAGAACCGCUCGAAAUUUCAGAUCGCGUGUAUACGAAUGACAGCUUAGAAACACCAGAGUUAAUUCCACAAGCAAUGACUAUUUCACAAAAGUCUAAAUCACUACUUAGCCUGGACGCUUUGACGGCGAAACCCAAAGCGAAUAAAUGCAGUGAUUCGUUUCAUGAAUCGCAAGUGCGUUCUAUAUCGUGUACGAAUUUACCUGAAGCAGGAGACGAAAUUCUCGGUGCAAUAGCCAAUCCCCUACCUGCCAAGCCAGCGCCUGAAAAACGCCUGCUCAGUAGUCCUGUGCUGUUUUCUCCGAGUUUGUGUGAGAUUGACGAUCUGCCAUCUCCUGAUGAUCGUCGAAAACCUAUAAACCUCAUUAACGAUGACAUGUCUAGCAAUUCGGAUUCAUUGAAUCUAUUCAGUCAAUCAAUACGGCGCAACUACGUUUCAAGUCCGACUUGCGAGAGUGAUCUAAACUAUCAAAAUUCGGAAUUAAGUAUACGAAGUCACGGGGUCUAUGCACCGCAGCCUGAUAACGAUCUAAAUAUCACUUUAACGGGUGAGGAUAACAUGUUUUUCCCAUACCAAUCGUCGGAAGUGAGUGAUAUCGAUGAUGAUGAAAAUGAUUUCGAUGAUUUUAAUAAUUGUUCGAAUGAUUGCCUGUUGCCACCACAAGACGCGGCUAUGCAUGAGGAUGAUGAGUUGAUGGAUGAUAGCCAUGAGUCUAUUGAUGAACUUUAUCAACGAAUAACUCGGCGGCCCAAUACGAGCAGCAUGAUUGUUAAUAGUGGUGGAAGCAUCGGCGAUAUAGAUCUAAGUACAAUGCCAAUUAAUAGUAGCGGGGCCGGCGAAGAUGUGGUGGAGGAGCUGGAGGUUAGCAAUGAGAACGAUGAUGACAGUAGCCAGUGUAGUGUCAUAUCUUAUAUUGACCCGAAUGGGGCCGGAGGAACGAAAGAGUAAAAUGUUAGUAAAUAGGACAAAUCAGGGUCGUAGUUCACGAUCUUCUAAAUCGGGUGUGAACCAGUUAUGUAACGAUACGAGUAGUGUGCCUUCACAAUUAUUAAUUUAAUUGUGUUGGAUAGUGCUUUAUAGUCUUCUGUUUACUCCUUUGUCUCUUCUUUUAUAUUGUUGUUUUUCAUAUUACCUUUUUAAUGAGACCACACUUUUCAUUAUCAUCACACUUAAGGUUUGAAGUUGUGGAAAAUGGCGAGGAAGGAAGCAGAAAAGAACGAACCCCAUUUAAUUUAAACUUAAUUUGAUAUAAAACCAGAACGGGGGAAACAAUUUGAACAAGUAGCUUGGAAGCUGCACGCUUCAGUGAUGACACCUUUUGUGUUUCUUUAUGUAGGUUUGUGCAUAGUUGAAACUUCAAUUGUGAAAAUUCACAAGCCUGUGGAAUGUUUGGGUACUCGAUGGUUUCACUUGUGCAAUGCGCUACCAACAUUCUAUGUACAUAUGCUGUAAUAGGGAGCAGUAAAUUUAUGCGAAACAAAUAA